ACUAGUAAUGAUAUUACUGAUACUGAUGAUAUAAUGUCAAAAAAUAAAAAUUCUUAUACUAUUUUUGGUGGCGGGCUUCGUAUAUGUCCAGGUAGAAAGUUGGCAAUGAUUGAAUUACUUUCUUUAAUGACCUUAGUUUAUGGAAAAUAUGAUUUUGAAUUAAGUGAUAUGAAUGAAAAAUUGAAAGUUAAAUCCGCGGCUAUCACUUCCUGUCAAGAAUUGAAAGUUAUAAUUAAACCUAGACAA